AUGUUCCUCCGAUCACUCUACGGCUCGCGUAUGCCCCAAACGCUCCACCCGCGUGUGGACCCACAAGCUUCCAGCUACUGGGAAGAAGAUACCACCAGCUCUCAAGAAAUUGCGCGUGCGAUGGAGGAAGCGGACACAUCGGACGUUGAGCUCGAGAACGAGGGUACGAAGAAGAAGAACAGCGCUUUCGCGGCUGCUCUAGUUGGAGACGAGCACACCAGUCGUCGUCACGCGAAUCCAACGCUGUCAUCCCAGUUGGCUGCUCUGUUAGGACCUGACGGCAUGGCACUGGACGACAUGGACAGCUUGCGUGUAGAGGACAUGGGAUCGUCUCCUGUCAACGCGCAACUCUCGCCCGCUGGCCUUAUUUCGAUCGCUGCGGCCGACAUUGACGAGGCCAACAACAAUUCGCAGAAUGUACCACCGGUCAACGGUGAACUGGACUUGGCUUUCAUCCGCUCGUUGCGCCAGGCAUCAAGUGUGGCGGAUACGGACACACAACCUUCGCUUGUUGUGAAUGCAGCUCUUCGUCAACUACUUGGGUCCUUUCCGGCUUCCAGAGGCUCCGUGUGUGAGGACCAGGCUGAUACUGAAGCUGUGGAGAGUGAGAACAAGCUCUUCUCACUGGUGCGUCGCCAUCUCACGAUGCUUGGACCCACGUCAUCUUCAAUUACGGACGAGAGUGAAGACAAUGCUGCUGAGGGUCAGAGCAAACUCCGUUUCCUCUCAUUGCUCCGUCGCAUCAACGAGUUACGCUCCCAGCAAGUUGAUACUGAGAGCUGGGACGGUCUUCCGUACCCUCAGAUCAUAGCACUCCCGACAUUCAACUAUCAAGUUCGUGAACACGUCGAGAAAAACCAAACGGAAGAGGGCGGCGAGGUUAAUAACACGGUCUGUGCGGUGUGCUGCGAUGAGUUCGAAGCGGAAGAAGAAGUGCGCGCUCUCCCAUGUCUGCACUUCUACCACCGCGAGUGCAUCGACCAGUGGCUCAUGUGUCACCGCCAGUGUCCGAUAUGCAAGCAUGUCGUUGCCGUCUAUUAG